AUGUCCACUGAGGCCUUGGCGGCAAUGGCCUACGACGUCGAGAGACUGGCGACGGGCAAUGACGAUGUCCAUCGCGAGAUUGCCAGGAUGGUGUCGGACCCUGCUAUCGCGGGGCUGUCGUACGACCUCCGGUGGAGGCGACGGCACUUGGACCACGAGGACAUCCGUCAAGUUCUUCGCGGAGUUGCUCGAGGACCAGGUUCUAGACAAACUCGUGCGCAUCACCAGGAGCUUCUAGGAUGGGGGACCCAACUACGGCCAUCUCGUCGCCCUUGGACCCGAUGGCUUCGUCCUCUGCACGUGUCUGAGGCCCCUCGUCUACGGUCUUGGCUGUCGGCAUGGUCUCCGGGCCGCGCGAUACGNGAUGUCCAUCGCGAGAUUGCCAGGAUGGUGUCGGACCCUGCUAUCGCGGGGCUGUCGUACGACCCCACCUCCGGUGGAGGCGACGGCACUUGGACCACGAGGACAUCCGUCAAGUUCUUCGCGGAGUUGCUCGAGGACCAGGUUCUGGACAAACUCGUGCGCAUCACCAGGAGCUUCUCGGAUGGGGGACCCAACUACGGCCAUCUCGUCGCCCUUGGACCCGAUGGCUUCGUCCUCUGCACGUGUCUGAGGCUCCGUGUCUACGGUCUUGGCUGUCGGCAUGGUCUCCGGGCCGUGCGCGAUACGGAUUUCGGCUUCAACGGAGGGUGUAUUGCGUCCCGCUGGCGUGACAGCACUCAGCCGUGGACGAUGGAACACCUCGCCGCUAAACGUGCGGCACCAGCAAAUACAGCUGCGGGCGUUCCCGGAGGUAUGCCGCCCGCUCCUGUGGAUCCCGUUUUUUUCUCCAACUCGAAGCCCACGGCGAGAGUAAGCAACUGGGCCAGCUGCGUCGCCUUCGGGAAGGAGCUCGCAUCUCUCAUGACAGACGUGGACGCCGUCGCCCCCUGCCAACGCGUCCUCAACAACCUCACCAACUACGCCAAGCAGCUCAUCGAGGUGGAGGCGAGGUCGCAGCAUGAGGCCACCACGAACCGGAUUUUCACGGGAGUCGUGGCCCGGCCUGUGACCGCUACCGACCCGCCAGAGGGAGGGCCGGUGGGGGCCGGGCCGGGAGGAGGCCGCGGACGAGGGAACGGGCGAGGGCGAGGCCGGGGUGGGGCNCUUAUACAUGAGACACGAAAUUAUCUCAAUCUCAAUGUCCUCUCGAAACAAUACCAGUGUCCUCUUGACAAAUGUGCUAUCGACGUGAGUGCAUGCUCUCGAACCAACUCCUAA